AAUAAGAGCUGCAAACAUUCACUUAUAUUGAACAAUUCAUUGAAAAAAUUUUAACGAGGUCAAGUGACGUUUGUGUGCGAAAAGAAGCUCAAGUUGUGUAAUACUACGCGAAUUUAUAUUGUAUUAAAAAAGUGGUAAAAAUUUCCUAUUUAAAUUUGUGCAGCCAUAAAAUCUUAUUGGAGUCUUUUUUUAUGAUAAAAACUAAUUCAAAGUCACAAAAUGCAUAGAGCAAAUACAGCCUUCACGUUGGCGAUAUCGCCAAUAGCCCAUCAAAAUUUUGCCACAUGGCUUCUGAAAGGCAGCAAUCAAAGGGUUCUUAAGAAUGUUGCUGCUGCUUCUGCUGCGUUACGCAAAUACAAUUCAGCUGCCGCUGAACCCUUUGCAAACGGCACUACGGCUUCAUAUGUCGAAGAAAUGUACAACGCUUGGUUACGCGAUCCUAGCUCAGUGCAUACGUCCUGGGAUGCGUACUUCCGCAGCAACACCUAUUGCGGACCUCCAAAUUUGGCUCCUAUACAACCAAAUACUUUACCAAUGACUGCUUUUGCUGGCAUGUCGGCUCCAGCCGGCGUUGCUCCCGAUUCAAAAACCAUUGACGAUCAUCUGGCUGUGCAGGCCAUUAUUAGAAGUUAUCAGAUUCGAGGCCAUAACAUUGCUCACCUCGAUCCCCUCGAAAUUAGUACCCCCGAUUUGCCCGGCAACAGCACAACGAAGGCUGUUUAUGCUAGUUUCAAUUUUGGUGAACAAGAUAUGGAUCGUAAAUUUAAAUUGCCCAGUACUACUUACAUUGGUGGUGAGGAACCGGCUUUGCCUUUAAGAGAAAUUUUAAAUCGCUUGGAAAACGUUUAUUGCAAUAGAAUUGGUAUUGAAUUUAUGUUCAUCAAUUCUUUGGAACAAUGCAAUUGGAUACGUAAACAUUUCGAGACACCAGGCGUUAUGAAUUUCACACCCGAACGGAAACGUUUAAUAUUGGCGCGUUUAACCCGUGCGACUGGUUUUGAAAGUUUCUUGGCCAGAAAAUUCUCAUCGGAAAAAAGAUUUGGCCUGGAAGGCUGUGAAAUGUUAAUUCCCGCCUUAAAAGAAAUUAUUGAUAUAUCUACCGAUCUGGGUGUAGAAUCUGUUAUUAUGGGUAUGCCUCAUCGUGGUCGUUUAAAUACUUUGGCCAAUGUGUGCCGUAAACCGUUGCACCAAAUCUUUACUCAAUUUGCUGGUUUGGAGGCAGCUGAUGAUGGUUCCGGUGAUGUAAAAUAUCAUUUAGGCACAUAUAUUGAGCGUUUAAAUCGUGUCACAAACAAAAAUAUCCGCUUGGCUGUGGUUGCUAAUCCCUCACAUUUAGAGGCUGUUGACCCAGUCGUGCAGGGAAAGACUAGAGCGGAACAAUUUUAUCGUGGUGAUCAAGAAGGCCGUAAGGUAAUGUCUAUUCUUAUACACGGUGAUGCUGCUUUCUGUGGUCAAGGUGUUGUCUAUGAAACAAUGCACUUAUCUGAUUUACCUGAUUAUACUACUCAUGGUACUAUUCACGUCGUGGCCAAUAAUCAAAUUGGUUUCACUACUGAUCCUCGUUUCUCGCGUUCCUCGCCUUAUUGCACUGAUGUGGCUCGUGUUGUCAAUGCACCUAUUUUCCAUGUAAACGCUGACGAUCCGGAAGCCGUAAUUCAUGUAUGCAAAGUCGCUGCUGAAUGGCGUUCUGCUUUCCACAAGGAUGUCGUUAUUGAUUUGGUCGGCUAUCGUCGUAACGGCCACAAUGAAAUUGAUGAACCAAUGUUUACUCAACCUCUUAUGUAUCAAAAAAUUAGAAAACAUAAGAAUUGUCUUGAUCUCUACGCUGACAAAUUGAUUGCUGAAGGUACUUGUACCUCCGAAGAAAUCAAGUCAGUAGCUGAAAAAUACGAAAAAAUUUGUGACGAAGCCAUGGAAUUGGCCAAAAAGGAGACUCAUAUUAAAUACAAAGAUUGGUUAGAUUCGCCUUGGUCUGGUUUCUUUGAGGGCAAGGAUCCCUUGAAAGUAUCGCCAACUGGUGUUAAGGAAGAAACCUUAAUACACAUUGGCAACCGAUUUUCAGCUCCUCCUCCAAACGCCGCUGAAUUCGUUAUACACAAGGGUCUGACACGUGUUUUGGCUGCUCGUAAGGCAAUGGUCGACGAACGUGUAGCUGAUUGGGCGCUUGGUGAAGCCAUGGCCUUUGGUUCUUUAUUAAAGGAAGGAAUACAUGUACGUCUUUCCGGGCAAGAUGUAGAACGUGGCACAUUUUCUCAUCGUCAUCAUGUCUUGCACCAUCAAUUAGUUGACAAGGCUACCUACAAUCCUUUACAACAUUUAUACCCUGAUCAGGCUCCCUAUUCAGUCUCAAACAGCUCUUUGUCCGAAUACGCAGUAUUGGGUUUUGAACAUGGCUACUCCAUGACUAACCCCAAUGCCUUGGUUUUGUGGGAAGCUCAGUUCGGUGAUUUUCACAAUACGGCUCAGUGUAUUAUCGAUCAGUUUAUAUCGAGCGGUCAAGCUAAAUGGGUGCGUCAAUCUGGCUUGGUGAUGCUAUUACCUCACGGAAUGGAGGGUAUGGGCCCUGAACAUUCGUCGGCACGUAUUGAGCGUUUCUUGCAAAUGUCCUCUGAUGAUCCCGAUUACUUCCCACCCGAAUCUGAUGAAUUCGCUAUUCAUCAGUUGCACGACAUUAAUUGGAUUGUUGCUAAUUGCACUACUCCGGCAAAUUUGUUCCAUAUUUUACGUCGUCAAAUCGCAUUGCCGUUCCGCAAGCCUUUGAUUCUCUUUACACCAAAAUCUUUAUUGCGUCAUCCUGAUGCCAAAAGUCCCUUCAGCGAGAUGAGUGAUGGCAGUGAAUUCCAACGCAUCAUACCAGACAGGGGCCCAGCAGGCGACAAUCCCAGCUCCGUUAAGAAAGUUAUUUUCUGUUCUGGACGCGUAUACUAUGACAUAGCUAAGACACGCAAAGAAAAGGAUUUGGAAAAGGAAAUCGCCAUCGUACGCGUGGAACAGAUUUCUCCAUUCCCCUUCGAUUUAAUCAAAGAGCAAUCAAAUACAUAUAAAGAUGCUGAAUUCGUUUGGGUUCAAGAGGAACACAAAAACCAAGGUUGUUGGUCUUAUGUGCAACCUCGCUUUUUAACCGCUCUAAAUCACAGCAAAGACGUUGGCCUCAGUGAUGUGUCGUCCUCUCCCUCUGCUACUACUAAGACUACUACUACUACCACCACCACCACUAGCACUACUAAUGUCCAAGAUUCCGAUACUAGUGAUACUGUAUCAUCCCACAUUAAACCGAAACCUUGGUUAAGUCGUAUGUUUGCCAGCAAAACUGCUGAUGCUGCUGCUGACAAGGCCAAUACAUACGGUGGCACUCAGCAACAACAGCAGCAGACCGGUGCUUUUUGUGCUACCAAACAUUUCGAUCUUAAGAACGUACAUCAUGAUUUCAAUAGGCCCUCUGGUAAUGCGGCGGCACCCGGUGUGCGUAUUUCAAAAACUGGACGCAAAAUUAGCUACAUUGGUCGUCCAUGCGGUGCUUCGACUGCUACCGGUUCAAAGGCUCAGCAUAUACGUGAAUUGAACGCCUUCCUGACUGAUGCCAUGAAACUGUAAAUUUGGUAUAAAACGAUUUUCGAAGUGUUCAAGUCGAACACUCAUAUCUAUACCGCUAUAAUAAACUGACUGUAGUGAUCAUUUCGCAGGAACAACAACUCCGUAUAGAGUGAGAGAGAGAGAGCGUUAGACAAAAAAAAGGUUUAUUUUUUAUUUUUAUAUAUAUUUUUUUUUUUUAUUUAUUUAUUUAUUUUUAUUUUUUAUUUUUAUUUUUGUAUCCUUUAUGUCUUGUAAACUUUCUUUCACAAGUUAUACACAUAUAUAUAUAUAAAUAACUAGUUUUCUUCACUUCGGUUUUCUCUGGACUUUUAUUAA